AUGGAAAAGCAAGAAGAAAUAGAAAUUACAAACAAUAACUUUGAUUCGGAGGAGAGAAUGGAUCAACGAAUGGAUCAAGGGAAGGAAGGAAUGGCUGAUCAUUAUGGUUCUAGUGAAGAUGAAGAUACAUUGUCUGAUCAGUUGGUUGUUGAAGAUGAAGAAGAAUAUGCUUAUUAUGAUUGGGAAACGGUUGGAUCUUCCUUACAAAAUCAAGAAGAGGAACUAAUUGAUUUGUGGAUGAGAAUUAAUGAUGCCUUUUCCGAUAGGAAGAAAUCCCUUGUCAACAAGUUUCAAGGAAUUUCUAAUAAUUUGAAAAGAGAAUUGGAAAAUCAAAAGUUACAACUCAAACAAAAGAAGGAAACAUUAGUAAGGGAAAUGAAUCAGCCAGAGAAUGUCAAGACCAAGGACAAGUAUGCAUUUACAAUUGGUGUUUUGAUUAUGGUUUCUUCAACUUUCCUCUUGGCAAAAUAUCCCUACCUAUUACCAGAUUAUUACAUUGUAAUGAGUGUAAUUCUGAUGGUGAUUAGAUUCUUUCACUAUCAUGGAAUGGGAUUCCACUACUUUAUGUUAGAUUUUUGCUAUUUGGCCAACUUUAUCUUGAUCUUUUAUUUGGGAUUUUAUACAAACAGUCCUCACCUGUUUUUACUGAACUUUGUAAACAGCAGUGGACCUCUUGCAAUUGCCAUUGUAAUGUGGAGAAAUUCAUUGGUAUUUCAUUCGAUUGAAAAGGUAACUUCAGUCUUUAUACACAUCUUCCCAGCCAUUGUAACAUUUGCGUUGAGGUGGUUAAUGUUUAAUGACAACACUCAAACACCAAAAAUUAUAACACCAAUUGGGGAGAGCUACUCUAUUUGUGUCAAUGAAGAUUGUUAUGUAUCAUUGGUUGACAUUUACGUACCUCACAUUUGCUUAUUCAUAUUUUGGCAAUUAAGCUAUACAAUCAAGACACAUUUCCUUGACAGAGAAUAUCUACAAAAACAAAAUAAUAUUCAAACCAGCUACAAUUACCUUAUCAAGUCUAAAGCGUUCAUUCAAACAUUGAGUGACAAGUUGUAUGGAAAGGAACAUAGACUUUUAGGAUUCAUUUCUUUACAAUUUUUAUUUCAUAUGUGUACUUUGAUUCCUAUAAAAUUUAUGUUUGACCAUUUUUGGGUUCAUGUGGCUGUGUUGACAAGUGUAUUCUUGGUUUCUGUUUGGAAUGGAGCCAACUUUUACUUUGAGAGAUUUGCAAAGGUUUAUCUUCAUGACUUGAGAAAGAUGGCAGAAAAAUUGGAGAUGGAAAACAAAGAACAAACUUCAGCAAUCACUCAAUGA